UUCAGUCUCAUCUUUCCCUCCUUUGAUCUAUAUAAAGGUCAUGUUCUAUGGAUUCACAAGCAACAAGAGUCUUUCCGUAUUCCAACUCUCAAAAGAGAUUUCAAAAUUUUGUAUUCCUUUGUGUCUCAUAUUUCAAAUCUUCAAACAUAUUACAACAUGGGUUUCCGUCUGCCUCGAAUUGUUACUUCUAAGCAAAGUCUUCAGCGAUCUUCAUCAACAGGAAAUGGAGAAUCUCCAAAAGCUGUUGAUGUUCCUAAGGGCUAUUUUACCGUUUAUGUCGGUGAGGAACAAAAGAAGCGUUUUGUCAUCCCACUAUCUUACUUGAACCAGCCUUCUUUUCAAGAUUUGUUGAGUCAAUCAGAAGAAGAAUUUGGAUACAAUCAUCCAAUGGGUGGCAUUACAAUUCCUUGCAGUGAAGACUGUUUCCUCGAUGUCACUGAGAGGUUGAAUGACUCAUGAAGGAAAGAGAUUAGUAUCUAGAAAUAGAUAGUACAUACAAGGAUUAGAAAAGUGCAAAAUGUAGACUGUAUACAUUUUUUGAAAUGAAAACUUGAUUCUUUGAACUGAAA